AUGACGGUCAACGCGUUUGAGCGCGUCGAGCCACUGCACGAGAAGCUUGGCGGCUACGACUUCUACAAGAGCAUCGGAAGCCCGCAGUAUGUCGUCGCACCAAUGGUCGACCAGAGCGAGUUGGCUUGGCGACUGCUUUCCAAGUCCCCACUUCCAGAGGACAUGGCUGGCCCGUCGACCAAGAUCACACCCGAGGGCUCGUCCACCACAUACACGCGAUACGUGGGCGGCGCUCACCUGUCCUACACGCCGAUGAUCCACUCUAUGGUGUUCAACAGCUCGCGCGGGAACGGUGCCGACACGCUCUUCAACCUGUCGACCGACGAGGAGGGGUCGCACGAGACCCUGGUCGGCGUCGAGGGUGGUGACCGCCCGUUGUUCGCCCAGUUCUGCGCCAACGACCCCGAGGUCCUCCUCGAGGCUGCGCUCAAGGUGCAGGACCGCGUCGACGCCGUCGACAUCAACCUCGGCUGCCCCCAGGGCAUUGCCAAGAAGGGGCACUACGGCAGCUUCCUCCAGGACGAGUGGGAGCUGAUCCACUCGCUCAUCUCGACGCUCCACAAGAACCUCAAGGUACCUGUCACCGCCAAGUUCCGCGUGUUCCCCGACGUCGAGAAGACGGUGCGCUACGCGCAGAUGCUCGAGGCGGCCGGCGCCCAGAUCCUCACGUGCCACGGUCGCACGCGCGAGAUGAAGGGCCAGCUCACUGGUGUCGCGGACUGGGAGCAGAUCGCGGCGGUCAAGAAGGCAGUCAAGGUCCCCGUCUUCGCCAACGGCAAUAUCCUCUACCGCGAGGACGUGGACGCAUGUCUCGAGCAGACCGGCGUCGACGGCGUCAUGUCCGCCGAAGGCAACCUGCACAACCCGGCAGUCUUCAUGCCUGCCGACCACGAGCACGCGUACACCUCUAGCCUGUUCCUCGCCCGCCGAUACCUCGACAUUGUCGACUCGCUCGAGACGCCGACCUUGGGAUCGGCGGUGAAGGCGCACAUGUUCCGCCUGCUCAAGCCAACCCUCGACCGGCACCGCGAAGUGCGCGAGCAGAUCACGGCGACGGGCAUGGACGAGGACGGACGGACGACGGCCUACCGCGCGCUCCUGGACAAGAUCGAGGCGCUGUGUGCGGCCGACGAGCCGAAGCUGUCCGUCAAGGCGAGCACGAUCGACAAGGGGACAGGGUACAGGCCCCUUCCUUACUGGGUGUCGCAGCCGUACAUCCGCGGCCGGAUGGAGGAAAUCGCCAAGGGCGAGUUCAUGCCCAACAAGCUGGCGACGGCGACCGAGCAGGCGACAAAGCGCCCGGCCAACCACGUCGACUCGUGCAAGGGCACGGCGUGGAAGUGCGGGGCUACCGCCGCUGCCAAGUGCGCGAACACGAUGUGUCUCACGCACUGCCGCGCGCACAACGCAGUGCUGGGCGGCAUGGACCCCGAGGAGGCGAACAAGCUCGCGCAGGGCGGUGGAUUGGUGGGCCAGGGAUGUGCCGACCACGAGGAGAAGGUGCUCGCGAGGGAGAAGCGGAAGCGCGAGCAGGCGGUGCUCAAGGGGCAGAAGCGGGCACGUCGGCGCGGCGAGUACGGCACCGAGGCGCUGGAGACGAGAUGA